AUGCGCAAAGUAACAUUCGAUGCUUGGAGAUCUUCAAGCAAACGAAAGUGUGACUUCCUUUCUCUAUGUAUCCUGGCCGGCGUCUGCCUUGCCACUGAAACCUUUUCACUCAUCAGUGCUAUCCGUUGUCCUCUUCUGCUCUGCACGAACCUAGCCUUAUUGGCUAUCCGUCAGGUACUGUCAUCCAACAUUCUUUUGCCGGAAGACGCCAUAGUUCAGGAAGCCUCAGGCCAGCUGCUGUUUGAGAACACAGAGAUAUCUGGAAAAGUCCCUCAGGGGACGGCCAUCUUGAAAGUGAAGGGGAACGACCCUCUAGAAACCCUCGGACUCUUUGUGGUAGACUACUCCAAGCCGGAAUUCCUUGACAGGGUGUACACGGAAUCCGGCUCCCAGGUUUUUUGUGACUUUCGGCCCUUUCGGCAAUGUUUCACCAGAAAUGGUGAUGGGGGUCCUGAGUUUUUGGAACAUGGAGCAACUCUUACAUCUGAUUCGGGAGAAAAGCUUCGCUAUUUACGAUACCCUAGUGGCGGCAGCAUUCUUACACGCCCUAAAGUUGACGGUGUAGGAAUGCACAGCACCGAGCCUAAAUCUUCGGCGCUUACUGCUCAAGCGGGACCAGCUCCAUCCACGUAUAUUAUUGACCAGUUCAGCAACGAGAUCGAUGGACGGAAUCUGAUGCUGCCUUACUUAUUUGCCUCAGAGUGCACUGACUUCGGUCCUGUAGAGUUCCCCAGCCAGUUCGACGAGGCCUCGUACAGCUUUAUUGGGCAGACAUCCGGAGACCUCCAGUUCUGUGAAGUGAACCCUCCGAUGGUAACAGGGAAACAAAUGGUAGCGCUGGCUUCUGGAAAAAGGGCUCCAAGGAUUUAUUGCGAUACGGCAACCCAAGCGUUGCUAUACUUUGAACCGCACAUGCCAUCGCAUGAUGCAAAGUUUCGCCAAUCUCAGCGGAUGACAAAUAAGCUCACAGGGCAACCAGCGAGUUGUGACCAACUAGCGAGUGAAGCAAAUAACAUCUUUUCAGUUUCGCGGUAUGAGCCUGAAAGGGGAAGGACAAAAGGCGAGAAGAUUUAUUCGUACACGAAUAUUCUGGGCAGAAGAGCCUUUAUGCCACUUGAAAUCCAGCUGUUCGCUGAAAGUGAACUAGGAGAGCCUUGCUCGGUCCAGCAAUUUCAGCUUUUGCAGCAGCCCAACUAUAAUCUUCACUCGGAAAUAGGACAUAAUACCACUAUCGCUUGUAAAAAGCUCCGACAAUAUCCUCUACGCGACAUUAAGCGAGAUGCCCUCAUGAUCCAGCUUAGCGGCAGUGAUCUGUGGAUGGAACUUCCAGCCGGAACAGUACUGGCUCUCCCUCGUGAUGAUCUGCCUCCCGGCAUCCUCAGCCUGCAUUCCUAUCAACCUGCCUUCUCCAGUAGUGGCGUGUUUAAAGCCCCAGAACUGCGUAGGCAUAUCAUUUCGCUCAAAGCGGCUUGGCCCUUCACUUGGGGACCACCAAUGUUCCAAGCUGUUGAGCUUUGCCUGUGUGUAGACGCCACUGACAAGGGCAGUCCCAUUGACCCGGCUGUCAUAUUUAUCGCCGACGGCUCUGAAGAAGAUACAGGAUUUCUGUAUCAGACGGCAGAAGGAAAAAAAGUUUUUGUCGGACAGCUUCGCGAUGGCACAUUUGUUGGGAACUUAGGUAUAUCUUUUGUCGCCAAAAAUGCUGCAAACGAGAAUGCAUCCUUUGAGUACGGGGUUGCCCAACUUCAGCGAGGAUCGUCUCUUGUGCUCAGCUCCGUUCCCGAAGCUCUUGUUUUGCAACGCGACAUUAUAAAGUACAACGUUGUAUUCUAUGGAGGGCCAAGCAUAGUUUGCGCGUGGCAAGAGGAAAAUGCCUAUUGGUUUCUGGUGCGACGAGGCCAUUUUUCAGCAAAAAUAAACGCUUCCAUUAAAGACCUAGCUACAAGUAUGAUGAAUCGGUACAAGCCGUCAGGUGCGCCCACCAUACUACCCCGCUUUCCUUCUACAGCGCUGUGCAAUCUUUGCGCCCUGAAUAACUUACAAAGCCCGCCGAUUGGGCAACUGGAUGUUCCUAUUGGAGAGUUGCAGCAUAAGCCGCUGAACAAAGAGAGUUUGCCGUUCUCUGUGGUGGUACGACUGCCGGUAAACAUGCUCCACUCUACUACAAGUCAUGGAUUAAUUCAGCAACUGCAUAUUGCCCUAAGUAUCCUGCUGGAAGACGUGGUAUCCCUCCCUCGUCCGUUAGCAAAUCGUAUUACAUUCUAUGGGACAGCGCUGCAUACGCUACACAAGAUCCUGGAGAGCGGCCACUGUGACAGAUGCCCUGAGAACAACAGCUGCAGUUUUUGCCGGGCAGUAACGUUCCGGGACUUUGUGUACGUCGACAUUCAAGGGCUAGGUAUUAGCCCUGAGACAAUGCCAGACUCCUUCUCCUGGGCUGAAUUUAGGGGCCAAGAGUUCUUAUUAUUCGUGAACACCAACUCGGGCCCAGCUCUUCUUGGUGCCGAAUUCGACUUCCACACUCAGAUGUUGACCAGCCAUCCUUCCAGAAAGCAUCUUCCCCAGCUCAAGGACUACGCUACCGUCUGCCUGAAUGCACAUAUCAGCAGCAUGGCACUAAAAAAAAGAAACGAGGAGUCGUUUUGUCCCAGACUAGCUAACCAGCUUAAAUCUCUCCUCAAGGGCCUCUCCCGAAAAGAUUUCGUGUCUCUGAUGAACAGUGCCGAAUUCAGAGAUGCUAUUAUCGAGGGCUGUAAAAUUCAAGUUGAAGACGCUGUAACCUCUUGUAUGGAGGGCGAUGGAGAACUUCUUGGUCUUCAGCGUCUUCCAGAAUUCAGAGUAAAUGGUCGAAGCGCGAUGUAUGAGUACCUCCGGUCUCUCUUAUUUCCUGGUACCUCAAAUCUUGUGCCAAAAACCCUCUUGGGAAGUAUUGGAGAAGAACUCCAGAGGGCAUCCUUUGAAGAUAAAGAAGCUCUUCUCUCGGCUGUUCCCAGCCUGAAGACGUUUAUUACUGACCGUAUGGCAGGAAUAACAACUGCCCUGACUCUGUCUUCUCUUACUGUCUCAGUUGCGGUAGAAUCCAGCCCACAUAAUUCUUGCCCUAUCGUGGAUCACCUAUUUCGAGAGGAAGGCAAGGAAAAGGCUUUGACCAUUCUUUCGGGAAUUGAUUCCGCGGUAGCAGCAAAGGGUAUCAAACCGUCGAAAGGAUCUGCAUUCUACGUUGGUCUUUGGUCAAGUCCCCUACGUGGAUUGCUGAUACUUGAGAAUAUUCUAAGCGGCAAGGCAGCAGUACCUCCCGAAGAUGCUCAUUCGGACUCGACCAGUCCCGAGGCAACAGGCAAGCUUGAUUCAGAUAGGGACGCCAAGAUCAAAAUGAAAACGAAGGCGUAUGCACGAAGACUUCGCGAACAGCAAGCACAGAAAUAUGCGGAUAUUCAAGCUGCACUCUCAUGGCCAGCUGAAAAGGAGCCAGACACAAUAGAAGAGUGUCGGAUGUUUGUCCAAGCUGCUCACCGCUUUGUAUUGGUGCCUGGAGAAAUCAAUAAUUUAUUUUAUCCCCGCUCGGACACUGUGUCAUCGGACAUAAAUCGAACCAUGCCUGUGAGGCAUGUAGCUGAAGAAGCUGGACCAUUCAUGAGAAGAAUUAUCUCCACCACUCCAAACACCUAUCAGCAGGUCUGUAAGCGGCUCGGUUGGACCAGUAUACGCUUGCCACAGAACGCGGAGGAAGCACAAGCUUUUGCCGAAGCCUUGCGUGAGGUGAGAGCACUCCAAGGACCUGUAAAGAAGUGGAUAUUGGCCCUCCAAAACCAGGUGCCUGACUCCAUGACCUGGGGUGAGAUCAGGACAAUUAUCGACCCGGCACAUGGCCCACAUACCAAGGUUCCUUUUUUCUUGCCAUCAUCCGGCAAAUGCCAAUGUGUUCGGUCGGCUGGCCGCAAUCGCUGCUAUAUUGAUGCUCUAAAAUCAAUUGAAGACCUUAUCUUUAGGUUGUCGCUUCUGUUGCCAGCAGCGCUUGCUAAAUAUGUCACCAAGGACACUAAAGAACUGAGUACAGACGCAGCUGCCCUCUGCGCGGCAACUGGUGUCUUCGCUAGCGCUUGGCAACAACAGCAGGUCGAGGCCGGAUUCGCGCAUGCCAACAGCCGCCUUGCCCACUCGAUGCUCGUGGAAAGACUGAAGAAAGCGGGAGACUACAGUCUAACGGAAAUAAAUGAACACGGUCUUGAGAAUACUGCUGAAUACACUAAGCGGAAAAAGAUGCUCAACAAUCGUUUCUCAAGUGGAGCAAUGCGAAAAUGUCUCAAGCUCGUGAAUGUUGGUGGAAGUGUCGCCCACACACCGGCUGGGGGAAGUGGAGCAAAAAUGGCUGCACGAUCUCUCUACGGUGGCAUAGUCAACACUGUCGGCGUCAGCGCAGUUCAAGUAGACCAUUUCAUGCAGACGUUGACAGCACUUGGAAGCAAUGCAGCUCGGUCCUCGCAUCGAACCCAUCCUCUUUUAGGCCUUCUUGCAGCUCUUCGUAUUACCCAGAGAUUCAAAGACUGCUUUGAUGAGGCCAAGGACAUCACCUUCCGGUCCUGGUACCUCAUGCAUCUAGAGGGUGACGCAAUUAUUGGCCGCCUGAAUAGUCGCGAAUUCGACGCACAGUUUGCAUCACGUACUUACAAGUUUGCUGAACAUGCCUCCAGCCAAGCAUUCGAUAAAGCUUUUAAAACUCUAAUGGCCACUGUAACUACCCAGUGGGAAGAUGCAGGCGCAUUCAAGCUGUUAGUGGAUGGGGUGUCGGGUACGGGAGGCAUUCAGAUUCCAGAGACUGCGCCUGAAGACUUCGAUACUCCUGUGGAUACGCCUUUGCAAACUGUCUUGGAAUACUCCCCGAGUCUUGGCAACCAGCUCAUUUCAAUUCCUCCGGGCCAUUGA